AUGACUCAUCACUUAGACCCCAAUUUAGCCGGUGAAAAAAGAAAGCUUCAAUUAAGCGAGCUAGAAGAACUUAGGAUAGAUGCCUAUGAGAAUGCCCGCAUUUAUAAGGAAACAACUAAGAAUUGGCAUGACAAGAAAAUCGUCAAGAAGCACUUCAAAAGCGGUGACCUAGUGCUGCUCUUUAAUUCUAGGCUAAAGCUCUAUCCCGGUAAACUAAGGUCACGAUGGUCUGGUCCUUUUCAAGUUCGCACGGUCUACCCUUAUGGGGCGAUUGAAAUAUUUUCUGAAGAAACAGGAUCCUUCACGGUUAAUGGGCAAAGGCUUAAAAUCUAUAAUACCGGAGAAGUAAAUGAAGUAGUGGCUGAUUUCACUCUGAGUGACCCACCUUAA